UAUCUCAUCAAACCCUCCAAAAAAAAAAGGGGGCAAGAGAGAGUAAAACCAAAUCGAGAUCAGAUAUGACGCAGAUGCUUUCCUUACUCUGUCGCAACCUCCAAAACCUUCGUAAGAGCCCACGCGUGGCUGACGAGACCGAGAUGGCAUCGACAACCGCCGUGAAUGUUAACGGAGCAGGGCCAGGAGAAGGAGGAGUAGCUCAUAACGAAAGACGAGAUGGGACUCACGCCGUUAUCACGCGGUUCCCGUUCUCGAUCAUCUCGUGCUUCGCAGUGCCGCGAGUUAGCGGAACAGAUGGACUGUGGAUGUCCGGAGAUUAUGACAGCGUCUCUGAGGUUAACCAUCUCAUGGUUAGUGAUGGCAUGAGAUACGCCAUUUUUAAUGUAAUAACCACAGUAUAGUUUUGUAUUUUUUGUCUUAUCUCGACAAUACAAAUUUAACUCUCUUCCCAGUCUUAUUUUUGUACAGUGUUAAAUACUUAAAUCUAUGAGAUGUAGAACAAUUUUUGUUCUUGUAUAAAUGGAUAUAGAUUAAGUUUUUUU